AUGAAUAAUAUUAUUCAUGCAAUUCGUACUGAAAAACAAGCAUCAUUAGUAUAUUUACAACGACUACAAGCAUUUGUUGAUGCAAAUAAAGAUUAUCUAUCAAAAAUAAGAAAACAUGAAUCACAUCAAUUACAUAUUGAAAAUUUAAAAAAAUUUUUAUAUUUUCAAACAUAUCUAUAUCAACAACGUUUAAAUGCUAAUCAACAAAAACAAAAGAACAUUAAAGAAAGAAAAAAACAAUUAAAUCAUAAUUUAUCACAAUUAAUUGUUGAACAAGAAGUGAUUAAUUUAUAUAAUAAUAAUUUAAAUCAAUCAAAGUAUGAUAGAUAUGAAUAUUUUAUUUAUAAUUAA